UGUCACUUGGUGGAAAUUACAUCAUUCAACCGAGGGCACUAUGAUCACAAAACUCCAACCCCCUGAUGAAGCUAAAAACAAUCAAUGGCGGAACAAAACAAACCACAGCCUCCAUUUUAGCUUCUCAGAAAACCCAAAAACCUCGUAAACCCUAACACUCACCUUAACCAAAAUCGAAGCUUCUUCGUUUUGUUCUAGGGUUUGGUAAUGGCUUCUCAUCUUCCUGAUUACUUCAAAUGUCCAAUUUCUCUUGAAAUAAUGUCGGACCCUGUGAUCCUCUGUUCCGGUCACACGUUCGACCGCGCCUCCAUCAAACGGUGGUUAGACGCCGGCCACCGUACAUGUCCAAUUACCAAACUACCCUUACCGGAAACCCCUUUACUCAUCCCUAACCACGCUUUACGAAGCUUGAUAUCUAACUACACUCUCCUCUCUCCUCUUCACCCCCAAAUUUCACACCCCGAAACCCUAAUUUCCACUCUCUCUUCUCCCUCUUCCCCCGCCGAUUCCAAACUCGACUCGCUCCGCCAACUCGCUAGGUUUUCUAAACGCGACGCCGCUCUCCGCCGCCGGCUUGCCGACUCCGGCGCGGUGUCCGCAGUUCUCUCCGUUCUCGAUGACUGUGCGUCAGGUACUGGCAGCGCUGCCGUGCAGGAGAAGGCGCUCUCGCUGCUUCUCAGCAUCAGCCUUGACGACGACAGUAAGGUUGGGCUUGUUGCGGAGGGUGCCGUGGCGCGUGUUGUUGACGUUCUGCUCCGAGGUGAUUCGUCUGAUUGUCGCGCGGUGGCGGCUACGGUGGUGACGAGCCUUGCGGUUGUGGAGGUGAAUAAGGCGACGAUCGGGGCGUUUCCCGGGGCAAUUGGAGGUUUAGUGGCGAUUCUCCGUGAUGGGAAGGGGAGGGAGAGGAAGGAGGCUGCUACGGCGCUGUUUGCGCUGUGUUCUUUUCCGGGUAACCGGAGGAGGGCGGUGGAUUGUGGCGCGGUGCCGGUUCUGCUGUUGAGUGUGGAUUCUGGGCUUGAAAGGGGUGUGGAGGUUAUUGGUGUUUUGGCGAAGUGUAAAGAAGGGAGGGAGCAAAUGGAAAGUUAUCGGAGGUGUGUGCAGAUUCUGGUUAGUGUGGUGAGGAAUGGAAGCUCGAGAGGGAUUCAGUAUGCGUUGUUAGCACUCGCUUCGCUUUGCUUUAACAGCCAGCAAAUGCUUCUGAUGGCACUGGAACUAGAGGCUUUGGAACUUUCUGUUGGGUUGGUGGACGAUGAUAAUGAGAAGGUGAGGAGGAAUGCCUCCAAUUUGGUUCGGGUUCUGCGCGGUGGCGGCAACCAGCUUCGGGGGAGUUCAUGAUGGGAAUUGGAAAGAGUCAGAAGAUGUGUUUUUUCUCUCCUCUGUGGAGUGGAAGUUUUGAUUUUGACCAAAGAAAUCUGUAAGUGACAACUUGCUUGGACACGGGUUUAUUAAAGCUUAUCUACUAGAAAAUGCACUAAAUAAGUUCGAAUAAGUGCUCUUUGGUUUGCAUCCAAACGAGUAGAUAUUGAGAAUGCCAGCAUUAUACGGGUAUAUUGGUCGAAUAACUUGCAUCGUUCCUUGGAUCUGGGCAUGAAGGGUUGUACGCUUGCACUUGUUCUAGAUGUACUUCAAACUAGUGUUUCUUUUUAGAUGGU